GUAACAUGGCGGCGCCCUUUGUCUGCUCUGGAGUGCCGUCCCCGGCCUUCUCGCGGCCGUGAUGCACCUCCCUCAGCGGUGGGGUCCGGGACAUGGCAGGUGGUUUUCCUGUUUAAUGGGUGAGCAAUCUGGAACUCAGAGAAGCUUGCCUGAGGCACCCUGCCAUGGAUUUCCCCCAGCACAGCCAGCACGUCUUGGAGCAGCUGAACCAGCAGCGACAGCUGGGGCUUUUGUGUGACUGCACUUUUGUGGUGGACGGUGUUGAUUUCAAGGCCCAUAAAGCAGUGCUGGCGGCCUGCAGCGAGUACUUCAAGAUGCUCUUCGUGGACCAGAAGGACGUGGUGCACCUGGACAUCAGUAACGCAGCAGGCCUGGGACAGGUGCUGGAGUUUAUGUACACAGCCAAGCUAAGCCUGAGCUCUGAGAACGUGGACGAUGUGCUGGCCGUGGCCAGCUUCCUGCAGAUGCAGGACAUCAUCACGGCCUGCCACGCCCUCAAGUCACUCGCAGCGCCAGCCGCCAGCCCCGGGGAGAAUAUGGAGGCCUUGGCCCUGGAAGGAGGUGACAAGAGAGCCAAAGAGGAGAAGGUUGCUGCCACCACGCUGAGUGAGCUGGACCCUGCCAUGGGCAGUCCACCCAUGGGCCCAGGCAGGGAGCCCAAGGAGGAGCGAGGCGGUCAGGCCGAGAGCGCAGCCAACGGUGCAGAGCAGACGGAGAAGGCUGACGCCCCCCGGGAGCCCCCGCCGGUGGAGCCCAAGCCUGACCCCACCAGUGGCAUGGCUGCUGCUGAGGCCGAGGCCGCCUUGUCGGAGAGCUCGGCGCAAGAAAUGCAGGUGGAACCUGCUAGGAAAGGAGAAGAGCAAGAGGAGGAGGACACUAUGCCUGCUGUGGUCAAGGAAGAGGGGCCGCAGCUGGACAAGGGUGACACCCCCGAGGAGAGCGAGGAGUCGGCCAGCACGGACUCGGGCCAGGAGCUGGGUGCUGAGGCCCGAGGCCUGCGCCCGAGCACCUACGGCGACCGCACUGAGUCCAAGGCCUAUGGCUCCGUCAUCCACAAAUGCGAGGACUGUGGGAAGGAGUUCACGCACACGGGGAACUUCAAGCGGCACAUCCGCAUCCACACAGGCGAAAAGCCCUUCUCGUGCCGGGAGUGCAGCAAGGCCUUCUCCGACCCCGCCGCCUGCAAGGCCCACGAGAAGACGCACAGCCCGCUGAAGCCGUACGGCUGUGAGGAGUGUGGCAAGAGCUACCGGCUCAUCAGCCUGCUGAACCUGCACAAGAAGCGGCACUCGGGCGAGGCGCGCUACCGCUGCGAGGACUGCGGCAAGCUCUUCACCACGUCGGGCAACCUCAAGCGGCACCAGCUGGUGCACAGCGGCGAGAAGCCCUACCAGUGCGACUACUGCGGCCGCUCCUUCUCUGACCCCACCUCCAAGAUGCGACACCUGGAGACGCACGACACUGACAAGGAGCACAAGUGUCCUCACUGCGACAAGAAGUUCAACCAGGUGGGGAAUCUGAAGGCCCACCUGAAGAUCCACAUCGCCGAUGGGCCCCUUAAGUGCCGCGAGUGUGGGAAGCAGUUCACCACCUCAGGGAACCUGAAGCGGCACCUCCGGAUCCACAGCGGGGAGAAGCCCUACGUGUGCAUCCACUGCCAGCGGCAGUUCGCUGACCCCGGCGCCCUGCAGCGGCACGUCCGUAUCCACACGGGCGAGAAGCCGUGCCAGUGUGUGAUAUGCGGCAAAGCCUUCACCCAAGCCAGCUCCCUCAUCGCCCACGUGCGCCAGCACACAGGGGAGAAGCCCUACGUCUGCGAGCGCUGCGGAAAGAGAUUUGUCCAGUCCAGCCAGUUGGCCAAUCACAUUCGCCACCACGACAACAUCCGCCCCCACAAGUGCAGCGUGUGCAGCAAGGCCUUCGUGAAUGUGGGGGACCUGUCCAAGCACAUCAUCAUCCACACUGGAGAGAAGCCUUACCUGUGUGACAAGUGCGGUCGAGGCUUCAACCGAGUGGACAACCUUCGUUCUCAUGUGAAGACCGUGCACCAGGGCAAGGCAGGCAUCAAAAUCCUGGAGCCAGAGGAGGGUGGUGAGGUCAGCGUGGUCACUGUUGAUGACAUGGUUACGCUGGCCACCGAGGCACUGGCGGCAACAGCUGUCACCCAGCUCACAGUGGUGCCAGUGGGAGCGGCAGUGACUGCUGAUGAGACGGAAGUACUUAAAGCUGAAAUCAGCAAAGCUGUGAAGCAAGUGCAGGAAGAAGACCCCAACACUCAUAUCCUCUAUGCCUGUGACUCCUGUGGGGACAAGUUCCUGGAUGCCAACAGCCUGGCCCAGCAUGUUCGGAUCCACACAGCACAGGCAUUGGUCAUGUUCCAGACAGAUGCGGACUUCUACCAGCAGUACGGGCCAGGCAGCACGUGGCCGGCCGGGCAGGUGUUGCAGGCCGGGGAACUGGUUUUCCGCCCUCGGGAUGGGGCCGAUGGCCAGCCUGCUCUGGCAGAGAUGCCCCCAACAGCCCCAGAAUGUCCACCACCUGCUGAGUGAGCAGGCAUCCCUCCUCCUGACUGUUUAUUUAAGGAUGAGUGGCCCCAUUCCCUAGAGAGAAUAAAUUUGAUUAUUUUCUAAUGCUGCCUGCAGCUCCCUGUGGGGGUGGGGUGGGGAGCUGGCAGCUGUGGCUGAUGCCACGAAGAACUGCUCCACCCAGCAGAGACCUGCUUCUUGGGAAAGCCAGGCUGUACCUUCUGUGGAAUGGGACUGGAGCCCUGGGACCUGUCUAGAAGCAAGCUGGCUGCUUU